AGCUGUCAGUCUGGACCGUCAGUUUGUCCGGACAGUGUUUCCGUCACUCCGUCUGUACCGUGCUCACUAAUCUCAAAGAAAACGGCCGACCUGCAGAUAUGGGGGCUGUCAUAUCCAGGUGGAAGACAAAGCCAACCACAGUUGAAAAACUUGAAAACUUGGAUAAGGAGAUCAAAGACCUCGAGGAAUUCCGAACCAAGAACCAGCGUCUUUUGAAGCUGUGGGUUGGCAGGCUCAUCCUCUACUCCUCAGUGCUGUACCUGUUGACCUGUUUGGUCGUCUACUGGCUCUACCUCCCUGAGCCAUGGAUCCAGAGGAUUGCCAUGGCCCUUCCGUUCUUCAUGGUUCCUGUGCUGGUGUGGUUCUCAAGGAAACUGCUGGUCUAUCUCUUCUCCAAACGCACAGAACGAAACAAUGAUAAAUUAGAAGAUUUGAAAGUUUCCAAAAGAAAGAUUCUGGAGGAAGUGAUGGAAACGGAGACCUACAAGAAUGCCAAGCUCAUCCUAGAACGCUUUGACCCUGAGGCCAAGAAGAAAGCGGAGGUGGAGUCAACUCCAGUGCGUCUCCAGAUGACUCCACGACCAGGACAAGAGAUUCGUCAGAGGGGCGUGGCCAUGAGGCCCAUGCCGAUGGUGGGCCCGGCUGGUAUGGUGAUGAUGACUCCGCCCCUGGGGGAACGCCCUCCAAUGGCCCCGGGCGCCACACCAAUGGUUUCUCCCGGAGCACUCCGGAUUCGUAAGCUCAGAGGCGACGUACCCAUUGACGGACGAAACACCUACGGGACCGGACGAAACGCUCCAGGGGGUCCCCCUGAGAGAUCUGCUCUGUCAACCCAUGUCCACCAGGGGGCCAUACACAGAACACCCUGCUCUCCCAUCCCAGGUGAAGGCAUGCACCCUCCUGGGCCUCCGUUAGCCAGGCCUGUCCUGCCCAGAGAGCGAGGCACGGUGGACCGCGUCAUAGAGUACCUGGUGGGAGACGGCCCCCAGAACAGAUAUGCUCUCAUCUGCCAGCAGUGUUUUUCUCACAAUGGGAUGGCUCUGAAAGAGGAGUUUGAAUAUAUAGCCUUCCGUUGUGCGUAUUGUUACUUCAUGAACCCGGCCCGCAAGACGCGCCCCCAGGCCCCCAGGCUUCCAGAGUUCAGCUUCGAGAGGAGGCUGAGGGCCGAGUCCCCUUCCCCAGGGCCGGUGCCUCAUUCCGGCUCAGAAACAGAGGAGAGUGCCACACCGUCUGGAGACGAGAGGGAGGUAGGGGAAGAGGAGGAGUCUGGCAGGCAGGUGGUGGACAACAGCCAAUCAGAGGAGUCCCUGCAGCAGAAAGGGGAGGAGGAGGUGGAGGAGCAGCAGCGUGCUGAAGAACCAAUGGAAGAAGCUGGAUCGGAGGAGGCUCCUAGCGAAGGCCAAGAAGCAGAAGUACAAGCGUCAGAUCUGCAGGAUUUCUUCUAGAAAAUCUCUCCUUCCAGAAGAAAAGGUGCUGAUCAGACAUACGAACUGAGGAGCAUGUCUCAGAGGGCUUCUUCUUCAGGUGCCAGUCCAACACAUGAUGAAGGCCAUGCUGCCAUGGGAUUCAACUCAACUAAACACAACUGUAGUCUACCAUUGUUUGUAUGUUUUGGCACGUGCACUAUGAGUGAACCAACAAUAGAUGAAUACACAGCACACUUUUUCAAGCUUUGUUUUCACAGUCACUUUAAACGCAGAGUAAUGCUACCAUGUUUCAGUACCGUAAACAUGUUAACCAGGCCUGAAGUCAUCAUCGGAUUGGAAUUCUUUGUUGGAUAAUUGACCACUAUUUGGGGUUUGAAGGGGUACUAGUAGGGUCUGCCAUUGGGGUACCACGCAUACUAUGAAUUAUUUAUUGUAUUUAUGCUAUUUGUAUAGAAGUGGUUAGAAUAUGUAGCAUAUUCUUGAACAUUGUUCUGAUUUCUGAUUAGUUUUAAAGGGGUAGUUCGGAAUUUUGGACAUAGGGCCUGAUUCCGAAGUGAGUGAUUCUAUAUCACUGGAGACAGUUUAACACAUUUCAUUCAGUCCUUCUAGUUGCAGAGUUUGCUCGUGCUAGGCUAGCGCAAGUCAACGGGCAAUGCUAGCCUGCUAUUAAAAACAGUCUUACCCACUCCACAGUACACCCGAGGUAAAUCAAUUAUAACGACAGACUAUACAUCUAAAUGUCUGUUUAUAGAAUAAUGUUAGAAAUAAAACCAACCUUGCAUUGCAUUGCAUUUUGAGGGAAUUGCGGGGUCUCAGCAGCAGUGUUUAUAUUCCUGUACGUAGGCUACGGCAGCGGCGGACUGAUACCUAGGUUACCUGCCGCUGUCAUUGCUACAAACGCAGAGUACAGUGAACGAAGGAAUUCUACAAGCGUAUUAAAUUAACAAGAUAUGGCCACGUUUGGAGGAGUUAGCGAUGCAUCUGCUUUUGAAGACGAUUAUGAGGAAUUUGUUGUAUCCAACGAACCGUACAUGUACGAGCCGGUGUUUUGAUGUCAAAGCCAGCAGCAACAAGCCACAGUUGAGUCCUUUCUGGAUCUCGCACUGGAAAUUGGUGGAAACUUUGUGGUGCUCAUCUGUACCGUUUAUUUCUACAAUUUCUAAAAGCACACUGAACCAUCAUGUUGCCUAGUCGUUCAAUUGCGCUUCUGUCCCACGCUUCUGUUUACGUUCUUCUGUCGUGAUUUGGUUACAAACCUAACUAGCGCAUAGUAGAAUUCCGCUUCUGCUGAGAAAGUAGUCCCUCGAUGAUUCAUGCGAUGCAUGGUUAGUUUUAUUUCUAACAUUAUUCUAUCAACACAGACAUUUAAAUCUAUAGUCUGGCGUUAUAAUUGAUUUACCUCGGGUGUACUGUGGAGUGGGUAAGACUGUUUUUAAUAGCAGGCUAGCAUUGCCCGUUGACUUGCGCUAGCCUAGCACGAGCGAACUCUGCAACUAGAAGGACUGAAUGAAAUGUUUUAAACUGUCUCCAGUGAUAUAGAAUACCAAUGCUCACUUCGGAAUCAGGCCCUAUGUCCAAAAUUCCGAACUACCCCUUUAAGAUAUUUGAUAUGUUGACUAUAGCAUGGGCUUGUCUUAACGAUAAUUUAAAGUAACUGCAAAGUAGAAUUAUGUAAUCAUUGUCUCACAUUAUUUGGAUCUUAAACACUAUAUUUAUUGCAAUCUUAAUUAAAUCCUCACAUUGUGUCUGAGGGCGAUACUUAUAAUGUGACCCGAAGGAGGACAUUGGUUUAUGAGCUAGAAGUCAUGAAUAGAACGGUCUCCAUCCCGUCUACCAAAGACUCCAACAAAACCCUCUGUUAACCAGAUGGUCAGGUUCAACUGAUAAAAAUAAUCAGAGAGGUAAAUACCACUAGUUUGGACCUAUUCCUGUGUGACGCACAGAAAUGGACAUGCACGACAGAAUACUGAAUACUAAAAUGUGUGCCGGUUUUUUCUGUCAAUUUAUUUCUCCCAUAAUCAGAAUGUAGGAUCCUGUUAUGGUCUUGUCAACAUAAUAUAACAUCAAUCCAUAUGUACAUAUUAUCUUACGUUUUAAAAACUUUGUGCAUGUAUUUGGCGAUAGGCACUAUGAUCAACCAUAUCCACAGUGUAACUCCAGUACCUACUUUUCAUCUGAAAUAAGUUUAUUAAGGGGUUUCUUUUGAGCUAUUAAUCUGCUUUAUCUUAACCAGUCAGUUUAUGUCUACAGAAACCAGCUGAUCUUCAUCCUACUUGUACAUUGUUUUCAGACACUUUCUGAAAAUAUUAUUGAAUUGAUUUAGAAAUGAGUCCUAUUCUAGCUAUUCUAGGUGAUUUUACUCGAAAGAACAAUUUACUCUAGGCUACAUGCAUCCACGAUUCCUGCAUGUAAAGAGUCUGCCACUGAAACCAGUCCUGGUGUGAGAGGGUUGGGUGACGCUUUGUACCGUGUUUGUUAGCAAGCAUUACUUGAGGCUUUUUAGCGUUAUAGCAGUCACUGUUCUAGCAUAUAGAUAUUCUUUCAGAUAACCAUUAUUGUUCUGAUUGUUUUGGUUGGCACCUUUUGCAGUCCCUCUGUGUGCCUUGGCUGCUAUAUGUGUUUACAUUGUAUAUUAUUUUAGCACUAAUGUAAAGCAGAUUAGUCGAUUUAACCCUGAUGGCAAUGUUGGCCUAAUUAUUUAUCAAAACGCUGGUUCAAUUCAAUAUCACAUCAUUGCUUUUUAAGCUCUCCAAUGCCAUGUCUGUUGAAUUAGGUUUUCAAGCAUAUGACUGCUUUUGCACUUUCAGUAUUUGACCAAUUCUGGAUUUACUGUGUUUGCCAUCAAAUACACUUUGGAAACAUUGCAAUUGAUAUAGUGUCAUGAUUUUGUUAUUGGUUAUUGCUGUAGCCCUUGUGGGGAUGUGUAUUUUGUAAUGGUAUCAUCUUGAGGGUACUAGGGGCCUCUGCGUGGGGGGUGCGACUACUUCCAUGGGGUGCUGGUGAUCAGGCCAUCAAUCUGAAGGAAAGCACAUACUGUUGGAUUGACACAUUACUUUAGUUAUUGGAACUUAUUUUUAUACAGUACAGUAUAUACUUUUUUUAUGAGAUGCAUACAAACAGGAAAAUACUGGCACCUACAAAGGGUACGGACACAUGGGGAUUUAACAGACUCUAUAGUUCCACCCAUUCAUGUUUUUUAUAGAUUUCUAUAGGCCGGGAAACUCAAUCAAACCAUGCCUCAAUGUGUCAACAAUGUGUAAACAAGUAGAAAACAAUCCAAUAAUAUAAUCAUAUGAUAUGCCAGAAUAACACUAAGUCCUAUGACUUAGUGCUGGUGAUUAAUGAAGCAGAUAUUAAUGUCAUAUCAUCCAUAUGGGAAGACGUAUUGGUCUGUCUAACCAGUUCCCCCAAAGGCUUCGCUUGUCUUAGCUAAGUACAAGUCAAUGGAUAUAUGUUUGGUUCUUCAUGACCUGGACUUAAUCAGCAAAAUGAACUGCAUCAUACACAAAAAUAUGUGUAUUAUGAAACGGGUGAAAUGCAGACUCGGAAGGAGUCCUUCUCUGUGUAUCGGGCUCCAUAUGCAGGUGGACCACUCUGCCUUCAGAGGAGGCGUGCUCACUACAGCGUGUUGAGCUCGAUGAGCCGUCCAGCGAACACCCCAAGCGUGCCGAUGAUGCACACAGCCAUGAACACGCACAGCAGGAUGUGGUCCAGCACCAUGGCAACGAACUUCCACUCCUCGGCCGCCUGGAGUGGUAGGGGACUCAGGGUCAACAACAGGCCACGCCUCGACACAUGCAAGACCACUGAUUCUGAGCAAUAUGGAUAUACAAUCCAUCUGGUCAUUAAUACAAGGUUCUUCUGGAUUAUCCUCAGUUAUGUUAGUAUUGUACACAUAAGGGAUCACUGUCCAAUACCUAGUGCUCCAGUCUAACGCUAUAACAGUAUACUCUGCAUUGAUCAGACUAUUAUUAGUACUUGAGAGGUUGACGAAAAUGGCAUUGAGCACAACAUAGGUCGAAGUGCAGCACUCAAUCCUUUGAAAACGUAUUUUGUUUAUUUUCAAGAUUUGCCGAAUUUUUGGUUCAAAGGUUGCCAGGUGUUUCCAGCAGGUUGUAAAGUUGAAAACCAAUAGCAUUUAUGCAGGCAUCAUUACAUUGAUGCGCACCCAGUUUAGUUUGUUUGGGUUUUGUCUCGACCAUUUACAUACCUCAAACAAAGUGCAUAUCCGGAAGCGUGAAAAAAUUAACUCACUGUCACCUCACCUCACCUGACCUGCAACCGUUCAGUGCUGCACUCUGGUGCAAUGUUUCAAAAUGACGAAUUAAUUAAAUAAAUUUCCCUUUUAACAUUUUGACCUUUGUCCUAACAAUAAAGGAUAGGUAUGGCUGACUGAAGAGGCAGUAUGGACUCACGUUGUUUGCCUCCUCGUCUGACUUCAUGGUCUCUGCGAUGUAGCUCACGCCCUCGAUGGCGCUGCGCACUUCAGGGUUCUUGGUGAUUUGGGAGUUCAGGGGCACGUUAGUCGGGGUGGGCUUCCCUUCAAACAGGAAAAGGGUCAAAGGUUUGUGACGGUUCCCUGUAUGUUGUGUCUUCCAUUUGUUUCUAGGACUGGGGAGCAGAGACCUACUUAAUUGGUCAUUAGGAGUGAUUGGCGUGCACCUGGGCCCGGGUGCCAAUGCCCUAUAAGAGUCUGCUUCCCCAGUCCUUCCCUCUCUGUUCUUUUCAGCUCCAUAGCCAUGCACACCUUUCAACACUUAUGUUGAAACAACACACACACAUAUAAUCCACUCAUGCAUACACACUCCACACUACGGACUUACUGACUUCCACAUCCCAUACUUUUAUUAUAAUUUGAGCACUUGGAUUGGCUUGGUUUGAUUAAAUACUUAUUUUGAUUGGAAAACUCUUGUCUCCCGUCUUUUUGUUGUGUAGCCUGGCGCCC